CUUUAAAAUAACUAAUAAGUAUCUAGCGCAGGGACUUUUACGGUCGGGUAUAGGGGAAAUAUCACGUGACAAAUUGGCAAUAGGUAGCCUCGUAGUGUGUGCUAAUGUAGUCAUGGCUGUCUGACAAAACAUUCGAAAUAACACGAAUUAAUGUAGUAGUUGGUCAUCAAAGGUAUCAUGCCGUAUUUCUUACAAAACGCAUUAUUGUCCUGAUUUAAAUUCCGAAGAGUUGAUUAGUGACAUAUUACUAAAGGAUCGAUUCGCAUCCACGUACGUCGAGGUGUACUUGGUAGAUCAUCGUUGAGAAUAAUAAUAAAUAAGUGGAUAGAGCAAUUGUGAAUCAGGAAGGAAGUUACGGGGUUGAAGGCACGGUGAGCGUAAGCCUGCGAGGUUCUCUUCUGAAAUCUUGUUAAAACGAGCGUCGCGUCUGAACGACCACCGACGAUCGAUUACGCAAGAUGACCAUUCUGUCGAAGAAGAAGACGAACGCCUCGAAAGAUAGACGAGAAGGAGGCAGCACUUCCGAAGUCGACGUUCACGGAGUGCAAAACGAGCAUACCUCCGGAUCCAUCACACUGCCUAAUAGCCCAUAUCAGGUACGUGCAGCGAACGGUUUCGCGGUCGAUCUACACGGAGUUCAAACUGAUCACGGAUCUGGUUCUAUCGUUCUUACAGGGAGCUCGUACGAGUCAAGUGUAGAUCGUCGAGAAGAUAAACAUUUUGAAGAAGGAAGUGGUCCCAGUCAUGGUAAACGCCACAGACAACGAGCAAGUCCGCAUAGUGGUUGUAUUGGAAGAAAUUCACGUUCAAAACGCGAUAGAGAAAGAGAUAGGGGUCGAGAAAGAGACAGGGAGAGAGAAAGAGAACGUGAAAGACAAGCUACACCUCCUACUGCAUCUAGCAGUGGCUUACAAGCUGCAGAUGGUAGUGUCAUAGCCAAUAAUCGAAUGGCUAUUGUUGGGGCUGCUGCAAAUAUAGAACAUGAAUUAGCUAAUGGAUAUAAUAGUGGUGAUGAAUAUACUGGCAGAACUGGAAAUAAUCUUACACUGGCUGAAUGGCAAGAGCGAGAUAGAUGGUUUGAGAAACGAAUGCGAAAAAUGGGAUUUAUCGUCAAAAAGAUGGGUGAGGAUGGAGCAUGUCUAUUUAGAGCUGUUGCAGAUCAAGUUUAUGGUGAUCAAGAAAUGCAUGGUGUAGUUCGGAAGCAUUGCAUGGAUUAUAUUGCUUCCAAUCAAGAAUUUUUUUCUCACUUUGUAGCAGAAGAUUUUAGCACAUAUGUAGAUAGAAAGCGACAAGAAUAUGUACAUGGAAAUCAUAUAGAGAUGCAAGCAAUGUCUGAAAUGUAUAAUCGUAGCAUUCAAUUAUAUUGCUACAGUACUGAACCAAUUAAUAUUUUCCAUACGAUGGUCGAAAGUGAUAAUGAACCGAUACGAUUGUCUUAUCAACGUGGUAGCCAUUAUAAUAGCAUAGUAGACCCAUAUAAAGCUACAAUUGGUGUUGGUCUUGGCUUACCUUCAUACAAUCCUGGUGCCGCGGAUCGACAACUUAUAUCAGAUGCAGUCCGUCAAAGCGAAGAAUUACAUAUUGAGCAGAACAAUUAUUUUUGUGCACAGACGAUGCUAGAAGAUAAAAUAAAAGCAACUGACUGGGAAGCAACAAACGAAGCCAUAGAAGAACAAGUUGCUAGGGAAAGUUAUUUGCAAUGGUUAAGGGAUAAUGAAAUGCGAAAAGCUAGAUCAGCGAGUAGCAGCAGUACAAGUACAGUAACAAGUGCGCAACACAGUCACGCUCAUUUUCACCCACAUGGAGGUCGUGGUCAGCAACGAAGCCACACUUCUUCUCCGACCACGACCCAAACUAGCCAAGAUAAUUUGCGUAAUUCUCCAAAAGUAAAUGAUUCGGUAAGAUACAAUAAAAGGUCUCCGCAACACCAGUCAACACAAGGAUCUACCAUGUCUCACCUUGCCUCAGAUUUUGAAUCUAAAAUCUCUCAGGAACCUGUACCAGGUAGUAGUAAAGAGGCUCAUGCUUCACCAGAUAUCUCGUUAUUCAAUCGUCUUCCUCCCGAAGUAUUUGGUUUGACUGAUUGGGAAGACAGUGAUAUACUCUCGCAAGUUUUGGCUACAUCACAGCAAGAAUAUUUAGACAGCUUGAAACAAUCACGGAGUUCUGCCUCUUCUGGAAAUGAUACUAACAAUAUACUAGAUUCCAGUAAUAGUUAAUUUUUAAAAUCGUUAUUGAUAAAGUUCAAAAGAAUACUGAAGCAAAACUAUAUGCAUUUGUAUGCAGCGUUUUUCAUAGGAUGUGAUAUAUCCAAAAAAUAAGAUAGUUCUAAAUCAAAAAAAUGAAGCAAUUCUUAGUGUUAUCACAUGGUCAUUAGUCACUAAGAGUCAUCGACAGUUAUGUUGAAUGCAUGCCUAAUAAACUUAAUUACUGGCUGCAAAUCGUAUCGCAUUGAUUUCUGCUAAAGUUAUUGUGUACUUCAAAUCAGAUUCGAGUUGAAGCAUAUAGCGAGUUUCCAAAGAAGUGGUUGGAUUAUAACUUUACCAAAUAUUAGCACAAGUGUUUAAGUGUUUGUUUAUUAAGGAUGCAUCUGCUUUUCUCCAUUAAUAACAAGAAAUCUAAUCAACAAAGAAAUGAUCACGUAAAAGCAUCAAGAAUUGUUUUCUUUAGUUAAAACGUCUUUGGUUUGACGUAUGAGUUUGAUAAUGCAUCUUAUGGGAUACUCUGUACAUACUGCAGUAUCAUCUAAUUCUGCAUUGCACUAGGGUAUAAGGUGGUUUGCUUUUUUCAUUGGAAAUAAAUGUUUGGUGAGCAUCGUUCAAUUCAAGAAUUGUUGACGUGUGCACGAGAGCUCUAAAAGAGAGUACAUACAUCGCGUUAACGUUCACACUUUUUGAAAAACUAGAGUAGCCAUAUUGUUUUGCCAGCAGUGUUUCACCUUAUGGACAGGAACUUUUUUACGAUCAAGUCUUAAAAAAUAACCCUUUUUUGUCGUUGUCCAUAUAUAUUAAAUUGUCUGCGUGUUCUUGAAUGGCAGCAUUUACUAUUGUGAAUUAUGCAAUUCAAUCAGGUCAACUGCAUCACUACAUCCUUUUUUGUGGUAUGAUAUAAUACAUCUAAACGCUUUAGGAAAAACAUCUUUAUUGCGUUAUUUGUAAAAAAAGAAGAAUAAAACUACUACAUGUAAUUUAA